CUAGAUUUUGGCGAUGCUCUUUCCUAAUACCACCACUAGAGGGCGGUAGAGACCGGCAGUCGAGGUGCAGGCGGUGGCGGACGCACGCGCUGGUGGAUGUACUCACCUACUCGCUUGUCCUUGCGUGGAAUGCACGCGUGCCUCCUCUGCGGCUGCGGCUGCUGCUGCUCGACUGCUGCUGCGUGAGUCCACCGAGGAUGGGAGGAGGAAGCCUCGUCCUGGUGCUGGCGCUUCACUUUGUGUGGCUCCUGCACUCCGUGCUGGUAAGCUCCGCCCACUGCGACGCAGUCUUCAAAGGCUUCUCGGACUGUCUGCUGCAGCUGGGAGACAACAUGGCCAACUACCCCCAAGACCUGGACGAGCAGCAGAACCUGCACAGGAUCUGCACGAAGACUGAGAGACCCCCGCCAUCUUCUUGGAGCAGCAGCAGCAGAAGCUAUUGGGACGACUUCCACUCCUGCGCCAGCACAGCGUUGGCCGACUGUCAGGAGGGCGCCACCGACCUUUGGGAGAAACUCAAGAAGGAAUCUCGUAAUUUGGAUUUUCGCGGGAGCUUGUUUGAACUGUGCGGCGGGGGUAACGGCGCCCCCAGGUGGGGGACAGCCGGGGGGCUGGGGGCCCUACUGGCGGUGCUGCCCAGCGUGCUGACGUGGUUGGCCCUUUAAGACUAACAAAAACAACACUCUGGAAAAGGACAAAAAAAGAACGAACAAAGUCAAGAAAAACUGCAAAGUAGAACAAGAUGGAUUCUCUUUGCCCUCAAUUUUGCCUUCCUGGCGCAUCGGCCAAUCGCCACAUCAGGACAAACCACCACAUUUGGAGGAAUUCCAAAAGUAUUCCAGGCAAACAGGAACGUUUGCUAAUGGAGGUCUCCGUGAUGACGGCGGGUAACCGCUGGCACCAGUGCAGAACAUUGGGGUCCAUUCAGAGACACCGUGCUGAACGCGGCCAUCUGUGUGGCGCUAAAAGAAAAAAAAAAAAAAGCAAGCAAGCCACAUCACACCAGAUUUUGCUUCUUGCACCAAAUUGUGGACCCCUGCAACAUGACUUGCAAGGCUAACACCUUACAGUAUUUGACUUUUAGCAGCUAGCUUGCAAACCUGCGAGCUGUUUUUUUUUUUUUUUUUUUUUUUUUUUUUUUGUCUUUGUUUGUUUGUGGUGGCAGACAGGAAGUUAGCAUUCAGCCUGUGGAUGGAUGUCGACCUGCAUGAUGUCGCUUCUUAACACUUUUCAGGAAAUGAGCACAAACGCCAAAGUUUUAGCUAUUGCUAACCUAGCAUAGCAGUGCUAAUCUAACAGGUGAAGCACAGCAAUCCAGCCCGCUGCUAACACGAGCUGUGCUAAUGCUCAUAUUCAGAUGAGCCACGUUUAUAAAUACAAAAUGUUACUUACACUUAAAUGGUAGCUAACACUGUCGUUUAAGCAGCUAACAGAGAUUAGCUGUGGCUAACUGUUGACAUUAGCAGCUCGGACAAGGAUUAGCACGGUAAAGCCGUCAAAGACAGCGAGGACUUUGUUCUAAAAUCCCUUCUAAGAGUGUCUGCUUUCAGGGUUAGCUCACAUUUAGCACGGAAGCUAGGUGUUUUUUUUUUUGUUGUUGUUUUCAAAAGUUGUGUCGUCAGCGUUGUGCUCCUUUCCUGAAACCCCUGAGAAGUUUUCUUUGGAUGUAAGUAGUAACAUUAGCGUUAGCGUUGUGUUGUAAACGCAGGAAAAAAAAAAUCCAAACACAAAGAGCAAUACGACGUCAAGGCCAGUGUAGUAGCUCCAAAAAAAAAAACACCAAUAAGAUUCCAUCAAUCAA